AUAAUUAUUAGGAAAGUAGACAGGUGACGUGUGGAGGUGGACGUGGAGUCGUGUAGAAUUAUUAAUCUCGAAAAUUAUAAAAAUGAAGUUACUUUUAUUAUUUAUUUUUGCGUUUGUAGCGUGUAAUGCACAAGCACCAACACUAGUUUUACUUGAUAAUCAAGUAAUCAAAGAAACCCAUUCAACAUUUUUCAGAUCUUUACAAGAUAGAGGCUACAUACUAACAUUUAAAAUAGCAGAUGAUUCCUCUCUAGUUUUAUCGAAGUAUGGAGAAUAUUUGUACAAGAAUUUGAUUAUAUUUGCACCCUCUGUAGAAGAAUUUGGUGGUAACUUAAAUGUUGAAACUAUUACCCAGUUUGUAGAUGAUGGUGGAAAUCUUUUAAUAGCAGGAAGCAGUGCAACUGGUGACGUUUUAUCAGAAAUAGCUUCAGAAUGUGGAUUUGAGAUUGAUGAGGAAGGAACUUUUGUAAUUGACCAUCUAAAUUAUGACCUUACUGACGAAGGACAGCAUACGAAGUUGGUUAUCACUUCUGACAAUUUAAUUGAUGCACCCAUAAUAGUUGGGUCCAAAAAAGGUGUUGCUCCAUUACUCUAUCAAGGUACAGGAAUAUUAGCGGAUCCAGAAAAUCCUUUAGUGUUACCACUGUUAACUGCAGAUAGUACCAGCUACAGUUAUAAUCCUAAUCUACCUGUAAAAGAGUAUCCUCAUGCAGUUGGUAGAGACACGGUUUUGAUAGCCGGUUUGCAAGCAAGAAACAAUGCUAGGGUUGUUUUCAGUGGAUCAUUGUCUUUUUUCUCGGAUGAAUUUUUCAGCUCUCCAGUCAAAAAAUCUCAGUCUGGAGAAGCGGCUCUAAAGUCAGGCAAUGAAGAAGUAGCUACUGCCAUUAGUCAAUGGGUAUUUAGAGAGCACGGUCAAUUGAGGGUGAAAUCUGUGAAGCAUCACAAAGAAGGAGAAAAAGAAGCGCCUCAAGAUUAUACCAUAAUGGACAAUGUCGUAUAUACAAUCGAAAUAGACAUUUUGGAAAAUGGUCAAUGGAAACCCUUCACAGCCAACGAUAUACAAUUGGAAUUCGUUCGAAUCGAUCCAUUCGUUAGGACGACGCUUCAAAGAAAACCAUCAGGGGAAUACGAAGCCAAAUUUAAGAUUCCAGAUGUUUACGGGGUGUAUCAGUUCAAAGUCGAUUACGACAGGGUGGGUUAUACAAGGUUAUUCAGUACUACACAAGUUUCUGUUCGUCCACUUCAACAUACUCAAUACGAGAGGUUUAUUACCAGCGCUUAUCCUUAUUAUACAGGAGCGUUCUCGAUGAUGUUGGGUGUGUUUGUAUUCUCAUUUGUAUUUUUACAUUUUAAGGAAGAUGAUAAAAAGUCCAAGAGUGAGUAAGGGCACGAUUUUGUAAAUAAUUUUGUAAUCAAGAAAUAUAAGUUGUGAAGUCCUUACGUUUUUACAUAUUUUGAAUACCCUUAUAAUAAUUUGCUUUCCAAUUUAUUAAGCACUUUGAGCACGAAACCUAUGGGCUCGACGCUCAUGAGCUGGGCACACAAGAAUCAAGUGGAACAAACUUUGGUGAAUUUUGUAUCAAUUUUCAAAACAUUUCACAAAUUAUUUGUUUAUUUGUUGUCGUUUUCGAAAUACAAGAUACUUGAUUGAUUGAAUAUAAAAGAUACGAAUACCAUGGAAGCACUCCUUUGAAACUAUAUUUUUUACUAUGUAUACCUUCUUAAGCCCAUUUUUCUUCAUUAAGUAAUAGUGCAUAUUCCCAAUUUUCCUCUGAAUCCAAUAAUAUGAGAAAAGUUCAUUUUAAACAAAAACAAAUGUAAAUCAAAAUAAAUUGAAACGAAUUUGAAAUACAUGCCCACAGAGUGUCAAUUCUACAGUUUGUUUAAAGCCCAACUUUGGUGCUCACGGGGCCCAAACCUUUUUCUAGUGUUUGAGGGGUAAGGGGAAAACGCAACUACUCGACGCACAGAUCUUAAAAACGACAGGUUGAGUUGGGUUUGAAGUAUUGCGCACCCAUGUGCUCGUUUGGAUGCUCAAAUUGUGUAAUUGGAAAGCGACUAUUGCCUCUACGGAAAAAAUUUACCUGUCAAAACCUGACAAUGACAGAAAUCAAAUACCGGUAGGUAACCGUAAUGAUUGGUCGCAUUCAGCGGACGUAACGCAUAUCGCUAACGGUAACGAUCGCGAAAAUGUGGAGCGUUCACUGUCAAGAUUUUUUUGCUUAAUGUGUCUUGUUCAUAUAUGUAAUACUUUUGUAUGGACAGUUUCUAUAAGUGGAAGCUGUUCAGACUAAGGGAGACAGAAUGGGAACGAUUUCUCUAUCCCCCGAGGCUCCAGCUCGGUUCUGCGCAUUCUCAAGCAUGCGCAAUAUAGAUAAAGAGAACGAGAGAGAAAAUGAAUAUUGUCGGCACCAUAACGUAGUGACGUUUUUUUCCAUACCAACUGUCCAUAUAGAUGUAUUAUAUAUAUGGUCUUGUUAGUUUAUGACAGGUAUAUUUACAAAACAAGGUUUGCUCUUUGUAGCUGCACUGGAACAGCAAUGAACUGGACCAGUGCAGGCCAUCUCAUGAGUGUAUAGAAUUAGUUCCAUCGGUUGCAAAGAACGAUAUAGUGUAGAAAGCAAUGGAGCAUUUGUUGAUUGUUGUAUUUGAGGUUAUUUGAUGUGAUUCAGGCCUUGUAGUAUUAACAAUAAUAGAAAACGAUUUAGUACUUUUUGAUAUUUUACAUUCGUCCGAUGACGAAGAUGUAGUGUCACCGUUUCCAGAUUACACUUAUUGCAUUGGCUGAACUGACUAGAUCCAGUGGAAUCAGUACAGUGAACACGAUGAACUAGUUCUCUUGCACUGCUACUAAGAACAGCGACACUAGCGCUGGUUAUGUUAUAAAUAAAGCUUUAGUGUACAUUUCCUGAACUAGUUCUGCCAGUGCAACUAUCAAGAACAAACCUACAUAUGCUAUUUUCGUUGCUGUUUUUUGAAUUUAACAAGUGUUUCAUUGAAUGGUAAAUGUGGAGGUAUUUCGUCUAGUACCUUUACAAAGAAUUACGAGGUGUUUUCAUCAUGUACCCAAUUUAUAUGUAUAUAAAAAUUAUAUCAUUAUUAUUCAGAACUGUAUCGUUGUUGAUUAUUCAAUUUCUUGUUUUUAUAUGUUUUAUUAAAAAUAUAUUUUUUACUAGUAGUUUUAUUUAUGUUUACUUUCAUUAUCAGGUUUACAAUCUACCAUGUUUAUCCAUAGAGAUAUUACAGAGAUAUGGUAAUAUCUCUAUGUGUUUAUCACUGGCCUCUUUUUUUUAUCUUUUGGCAGGACAAUUAAGCUAAAUAACUAAAAAUGCACAUAACUUGAAACUAUGGAACAAAAACGGCUUGACGUUUGAUCACAGAACACAGCCGAUUUAACAAAUUUUACUUCUGCUACCGCGACCUAGCACAAAUUAAAAGCACUCCGAAAUAUGGCAUCCGCUCCAGAACAUGUUGAGUUUGUAGCGUAUGUAUCACUGAAAGAUUCCUCUUGGAUUCUACAAGCUGCAUAACGGGUUUGUCAGGUAAGCGCGAUCAUUGUUUUUCGUACGCCAAACAUGUGAGCUAUGUUUCCACUUCGCUCGCGAUUUGCAUUCGAAAUAUACCUUUAUGUGAGUGUUCAUCAUGACGUUCUCGUCACGACCACAACGAUUGUAAUCGUCAUAUGGAUCGGGUAAAAGAGUAUUUCAGGGGUUCUGAACUCUUAGUGGAACGCAGCCUAUAAAACAGAUGUUUUGUUAUCUGAAGCCUUCAAUCUCCCUAUGUAAUUACACUAUUAAUAAAUUGAUAAAAAAUUAACUAACUAUACCAAAAUCUUUUUCUUUGAUAUGUCCUAAUAUUUUUUAACUCAGAGCAACUGAUGAUCUGCACAUUAAAUUUGCCUUAUGUCUAAAAAAAGAUUAAUCAAGAGCAGAUUUAAAAACAGAUUAAUAGAAGAAGUGUAGUUCUAUGGUCGCGAAUAUGACAACUAAAUAUAG